AUGGCAGUCCUCUACUUCACACUGAAGCCAUGGGGGCUAUUUCUGUGCCUGGGGCUGCUGCUUCCUUCUGCCUGCAUGGCAGAGUACAAUGGCAGUUGCUCAGUCUUCAAGGAGAUCCUGUCCUCACCUGGCCCAAACAUCCAGGUCGAGCCUAAUGCCUACACAAGCAACAACACCUACAAAGUAUCGCUUCUUGUGAAUAAAAAUAUCAACUUUGUGCUCCUAAAAGCAAUGGACAAGAAUAACCACCCAGUGGGCAUGUGGCAAAAUGCAGAUAAGCUUUGCAACGAUGGCGCCCUGUAUCAAGUGGAUACCUCACAUGAAGUGCCCUUCUGGGCCUUCUGGGCUUCUCCUCCCUCCACAAAUGUAACUCCAGUCAAGCUACAAGUCUUCACUGUCUAUUCAAACAGACAAGCUGCAGUUUCUUCUCUGGAACUAAAAGAUAAAACCUCAACAGCCUCACCAUCCAAGACCUCUACAAGCAGAUCACCCCCCACCCCAGCCCCAACCUCAGUCACAAUCCGAACCCCAUCUAUAGCUCUGACCACCAGCAUCAGCUCAGCCAGCACAGCCUUCCUCAGUCCCAUUACUGGUGCCAUUCAAAUCCUGCUCAUCUUUCUGACCGGCAAACUCCUCUUCUAG